CCCGACUCCGCACUUCCAGAUACACGGUGCAAGUUAUUGCCUGCCAACGUCGUUUGCAGCAAACGUGAAGACUCACCUCCAGAGCUUCCUGCAAAGACUUCGAGAUCCAGCAGGAACACGACAUCGGUUGUGAACGAGCUCCAGCGCGGUUGAUAUCCGUUCUGCAAAAUAACUUGGGUGGAGCAAGAACUCCGAGAGAUUGGAACUGUUUGCAGCAGAAACAUUCCGGCAACAGCUGCUUUGUUUGGUGAACAGCUCAGUGGUCGCAGCGAUGAGCCAAGAGCUGAACAAGAUCGUCGGCUGAGAAAGCGUUGCAGAAGAAAUGGCUGGCUGCGACCUUUGCGGGAUGUCCGGGAGGAAGCAGCAGCCCAUCCGCAACGCACCUGCACGGCAGGAGCGGCUCGACGAGGGAGCGACGAGGGAAAUUGCGGAUGAAUCUAGGCAUCGGCAAUGGGAGCACUCGUUGUCCAGAUUUGCCCAUUGCAGCAGCGCAGCACCCUUGGCCUUGUCCGACGAGACAUUGUCGAUGUCCAGACACCACGACCAUGCCGCUGCUGUCUUUGCUUGCACCUCGUUAUAUAAAAGAAACCGGGCAGCACGUGUGGAGACCACGACGAAAAACUCGUUCAGAAUAUCCUCCCCUGUUGGAUGUAGCAGUGGUCUUCGCAAAGGUCUUCCGGAGACUGCAGAAGCGGCCGAUUCUAAUCUCGAAAGGACAUGCUGCGUAGACCGACACUGUUGCAAUACGAAGAAGAGCAGAGGCGACACAGCGGCAACACAAACUUCCGAAAACAGCGCGUGGAAGCGUCGACGGAGACGAACAUUCGGAUCAGUUCAUUUGACACCGCUGCUUCUCCAAGUAGUUUGCGUCGUAAUCUAUUGCAUCUCAUGUAUACCGGUAAUGAUUGUAGCAACGAGUGAUACUGCCAUGGCGACUGGCUUGGCUGCAGGUGGAAUCGUGGAUGUGGAGGCAACUGUGGGCCAGGCGUUCAGCCUUUCAAUACCUCAAAGCUGGACGGAUUCAGAACUCAAGGUGAACGAGGCUGGUGAAGCUCACCUACCACACUGGCUACACUACAAGAACGACAGCCACACACUAGUGGGAGUAGCAGGCGCACACGAUACCGGCCAAAUGUACAUACGAGUGACGGAAGAAAGAGCCGGGCGGACAAGUCACGACGACGUCUUUAAAAUUGACGUCGACCACGAGACGCACGGCAAAGAGGUAGCAAUGUGGAGACUGGAUGCCGGCUACGAUGCAAUACGACAGCCGUGGCUAUUCGCAGAGCUACCCAAGAUGACCGAGAUCAACAAGGUCGCGUCAGAAGAGUGCAGUCCGCACGAGAACGUGGUGACAAUGUCGCUAACAUCGCCGCAUCAGCUAGACAAACUGAGCGGACACGAGCGCUUUGCCAUCAUCUCGGCGGCAGCACGGCACCUGAACACAAGCCACAGCCACUUGAGACUGUCAACGCUCCGUGACCAACAACAACGCCAUUUAGUUCAACUACUGGCAGCUGGGGCCGGUAGCAGCACAGCCAGCAGCAGCGAUGGUGAAGACAGUGGGAAACUGCAGCUGUGGUGGAACCUGGCGUGUGGAAGCUACAGUCCUAUGAUCUCGUCGGCAUCCCCUGUGUCCAAGGCAAUCGAAACCGUGGAGCAGUCGGCGCUGGAUGGGUCACUGUCCGCAGCACUCGGCAUCCCCAUCUCAUCAUGGGAGCUGGUGCAUCGUCGACAGCGCCGGCAAGUGUUGUCUGGACCAUUCCAGUCUGGCGGCAUGGCAAGCCUGUACAUGAUGAGCUCUACACCCGUACCAACGCCCACCGUGUCACUGUUCCUACCCACAGCAGUAGCAACCAUUAUCACCACACUGUUAGGUAGUGACCUAGCAGCCAGCAGCAGUGACCAGGCAUCAUCUUUCCUUACCGAUAGCCAGACGCCCGACAUCACCAGCACUGACUUUGACUUUAUCUUCAGCACGGAUGUAACAACAGCGCUGUCCUCACCAACGCCAAGCAGUUCUCAGCCAGUGCCUGGCGUCUCGUCGCUCGUGUUAACCAUGUCACCGUCACCCAUCACGGAAACACCGCCGGUGCUCCAAACAAGUGUAGAGCCAACACUGGUGCUGACCACUGCAGUAUUGCCCUCAUCACCUGCCAUCGUCACUAGCAGCAGUCAAUUCCUUCCCAUCAGCAGCAGCAGUAGCAGUGUACAAUUAUCUUCUCCUGUCAUCAUUAGCAGCAGCAGCAGCAGCAGCAGCAGCAGUGUAGAUACCGGAUCAGGGUCAGGGUCUGGUGAUGGCAGUGGUGACUCACAGACAACACAGCCACCUCCGCUGUCAACCAGCACAAUGCAACCUACACCGGUGAUACCGUCGCUGAGUAGUGCUGGACCACCUGCUCUGACCAGCGCGCUCCUGUCUACACCCAUGUCUAUGUCCAGCAGUGAUGUCAUGGUGUCCAGCAGUGAUGUCAUGGUGUCGACAAGUACGACAUCGCCAAUACAAGAGACUCCGGUCUUUACCUCCAGCAUCCAGCAACCAUCUGCAUCCCCGACACCAGAACUACCAUCACCAGUAUCCACACCACUGCAGUUCAGCACUCCCGAGCCCGUGCUGUCAUCAAGCUUGCCAGUCCCUCUAAGCUCCACAAGCAGCGCAGAGCCACCGGCAACGAGUGUCAUGGGCAGUGGCAGUGGCAGUGGCGAUGUGUCAGAUACAUCUCUGCUGGUCAUGAGCAGCCAGGCAAUGUCAAUAGUUACAUCAGAAGCACCCAUGCCUACAGUCAUGAUAACACCAACAUCAACCACAAGAGCAUCUUCAACGCCGGUACUUCUACCCAGCAGCAGCAGCAGCAGCAGCAGCAGUGUACUACCAGUGUACUCCACAACCAUUGGUAGUGGUAGCGGAAGUGGCGAAGUGUCCGAUACUCCUGUGCUAACAUCAGUAUUGCCGCCCACCAGCACCGUCACUAGCAGCAGCAGCAUCAUAGUCACAAGCAGCAUUAGCAGUAGCAGCAGCACAUUACCACUUCUCUCCACAGUUAUCGGCAGUGGCAGUGGUAGUGGCAGUGGGGAGGUGUCCGAUACACCCUCACCACCAAUACUGUCAUCCAUGUCACCACUUCCCACACUGACUAGCAGCAGCCUGAGCACAACAGCGGCUAUAGCAACAUCUUCAAUGGUAGUCACUACAUCUGCACCACCUACAUUCCAGCCCACAACCAUCAGUCCAACUACCAUUGCUACCACACAACCAACGUCACCGGUAACAUCACCAGCAGAAACAACAGUACCACCCACUGAGGACUUCCCACUAAGGUUGCGCGGAGACAUAGCCGAUACUCAUCUGCAAGCGGCAGGCCAGUACUUGCAACUGCCGAUCGCACAAGAUCAUUUCGAUGACGGGAUCAACUGCACUCUCGACGAAAUCUGCUGCCCAACCUGCCGCCUCAGCCUUGGUCUGGAACGCCUGGAUGCUCCACUGGGUGCAAGCGAUGCGUACAUUAAUCUCAUCGGUUCAACAGGUCGCGCUCAUUCUAUCGUGCUGUACGUCCAGUUUGAGAGCACAAUGCCAGCAUUCAACCGCUCCUAUGCCCUGACUGCCACCUCCGACGGCCGAAACAAAGUCUACGAUAACUUCACCGUGUACUACGCUGGACCACAGGGAACCAACGAGCUCGCCAACUCGAUGCUGCGUGAAAACUCCUUCUCGGUCAAGCUCAAUGACAGCUAUACAGAGUUCGUAGACAGUGCCCAGAAGCAAAUCGAUUUCAUGUCGACAUUCAUCGCAAGAACAGGCACAAGCAGAGUUUCUUUCAUUACUAUCAAUCCAGGAAGUGUGCUACUAGAACUCUACAUUGGACAGAUCGGCUGUGACCGAGAAACAGUGGCCAACAUCGACGCUGAACUUCGCACCUACGAUGACUACCUGGAUGUUAAUGUGGCCUUGAAUGAACUAGCUUGUCCCGUGACACCAACCCCACCUGCCGAGACCACACCUGCCGAGACCACACCUGCCGAGACCACACCUGCCGAGACCACACCUGCCGAGACCACACCGAUUACACAUGCCGAGACCACACCUGUUGAGACCACACCUGUUGAAACCACAAUCGCUGAGACUACACAAGCAACCACACGUGCUGUGACCAGGCCUCCCACUGACCUUCCUCUAGGGGUCCGCGGAGACAUUGUCGACACAACGUUGGUGUCUGCAGGAGAGUAUGCACAGCUGGAAAUCACAUCAGACCAUUUCCAGGGCGGCAUUGCUGACCUACGUCUGGGCCUGGAACCUCUGGACGGUCCGACCAGCGAUGGCUUCUUCAUCAAUCUGGCAGACGUCCCUGGGCAGAGAAGUUACAUUGAAAUAUACAUCCCCUUCCAAAGUAAAAUCACAGGGGCGUUCAACCGGUCGUACGCCCUAACUGCCAGUGAUGGCCAGAGUAAGGUCUAUGAUUACUUCACUGUAUAUUACGAUGGACCAGUUACAAGUGAGAUGUUUGCAAACUCAACGAUGCGUGAGAACAACGUGUCCCUCACGCUCAACGAAACCUACAAAGACUUUGUAGAAAGUCCCGAGCGGCAACUCAACUUCACACGGACUUUCCUCGACAGGACGUCCGUUUCAAGCGUGGCAAUCAUAGAGAUCCGCCCGGGAAGCGUGCAACUAGAACUCUACGUAGAGCACAUUGGUUGUAACCGCAGCACAGCAAUCUACAUUGAAAGUGCCCUGAACGAGUACAGGGAGGAGUACCUAGAUAUCAGCGUGCAGGUGAACGAUGUAGCGUGUAACCUCACAACACCAUCACCACCACCACCACCACCCACAACCAGUGCUCCAGUGUCAUCAUCCGCGUUGCCUGCAUCGUCUACCCAGCUUCCACAGAGCACGCCAGCCAGUACAGCAGCAGCAACAACAACACCAGCAGUGCCAGUCACAUCCGUGCUCCCCAGCACAACACUGCCGCAGGCCACGCCAGAUAUCAUGACAUCGUCACUGGCGGCAUUGCCAACCGAUGCGCUGUUCACCAGCGCUCUCUUCCCAUCAUCCGCAACCCAGCUACCCACAUCCUACUUGUCACUGAUCCCAUCCGUUUCCUUGGCAGAUGCCAGCAGCAUGAUGCUUGAAACCCCAACAGUAAGCAGCGUUACAUCAGCUGAUGUACAAGGAACGCGGACGACAGCGCUGGCUCCGCCAUCAUCAGUGAUUACAGGAACAGCCACAACCACCAUCAUGGCACCGUCCUCAAUAAGCAUGGUCACCGUAACCGUAGCCAGUAGUGCAAGAACAGUCAGUGGCACACCAACAACAACUCUAGCUCUACCCACAAGCGUGUACACAACAUCAGCGGUGUUUGAAAGCAUUCCUCCUACAGGAGUGAUCACAACAGAUGUACUUCUAUCUACAUCCGUGCCGACGGCAAUUCCAACGCCCGUUGUUCCAACAUCUGCUUUCCAAACACCUACCUUACCGAGCACAGUGGUAUCAUCAUCUCUCCCACUGGAGGAACCAUCAUCAUCUCCCCCGCUGGAAGAACCAUCAUCAUCUCCAGUGCUCUCGUCUAGCGAGUCAACAUCCAGCCCAGCGCUUACAACUUUCAUCUCGGACAUCUUUACCUCGGUAUCAUCUGACCUCUCCACUUUGGAGAGCAGCAGUGACUUCAUGACGACCGUGCUGCCACCGGAGAUGUCCACAACAAGCUUUUCAACAACAUUAUUCGACCUCGUGCCACCGACAACUAUACCGUCAGGAGAAAGUUCGGCAACGACGGUCAGUGCAUACAGUGCUAUGGACACCAGCUCCUUUCUGGCAACAAGCGGUGUUCAAUCACCAGCUAUCACAUCAGACACACCGUCAACAUCAAUUGAACGCUCAACAAUCACAACACUUAGUAGUCCCAGCACUGCUCUCGUAUUCACCACUGAUUUCCCAUUCUCAGAGCUUCCCGGUACAAGUAUCAGCAGUGUCUUCUCAUCCGAACAGAUGUCGAUUUCCAGUGACUUGUUGUUCACAACGGAUUUCAGCAUUGAAACAAGUGCUCUAUUUCCAACGGCACCUCCCGAGAGCACAUCAGUGGUAGAGCUGACAACAGAUAUCUUCCUGGCUCCCAGCUCCACCCUGCCAGCCCCGUCGUCGUCGUCAAUCUCGGCUCCAACAUUGUCGCUGAGCACGGCAAUCACCAGCAGCGCCAGUACGACCAGCACAGUCAGCGUGGCCAGCAGCAGUACUAGCAUACCGUACUCCUCGCUGGUCACACCAAGUCCAAGCAGUGAUGUAGAUGUGAGCAUGCCACAGUCCACCAGUGCACUGCAUGCUGCCAGUACUGUCAGCACCACAGUGCAGCAAACUGACGUGCAGCAGCAAUCACCCACUACAAGCUCUGCCAUUGCCAGCAGCAUUGUGGACACGUCACCAGCAAUGGCAUCUCUGCCGGUCACAACUGCUCCUGGUACACCAGCAGAGUUCCCCACCAGUGUAUCAAGCAUUGUCCUGCCAUCAGUAAUGACCACUAGUCUUGUUCCAUCAUUUGUGAUCUCAUCUACAACUGACCCCAGCUCUGUGCUAAGCAGUAGCAGUAGCAGCACUACACCAGCAAUAUCCAUCAGCUCAGAGAUAGGACUUCCACAAGCAAGCAGCACAACUGAGGCUAUUGCAUUCACCAGUGUCAUCACCGACCAAACAACAACCAUACUGGAUACAGUAGCUGUCAGCAGCCAACUUCAAACAGUAUCGACUGCAACCACGGCAGUGACCACCAGCUUCCUGCAACUGCCAGACCAGACAUCUGCUGUCUCAGCUCUGCCGCUAGAAACAACAACAACAACAUUCAUACCACCGACACCAGUGUUGAGCAGUACAUUCCUGGAGUCCAGCAUCACAUCAGACCUGCCCUCUGCUUCAACACUCCUUCCUGUAACAGUGAGCUCGGGCAUCCCGGUCAUCACCACAGCAGAGGAGGUCUUUGAUUCUACUCCCGUGUCGUCAACAGACAUUAUCGAAGUCCCCGCCACCAGCAUUGCUCAGCCACAGACAACUCAAUUCACACAGCUACCAGACGUAACACCAACGAGCAGCGUCUUUCCGACAACAGGCACCCCCUUUACCAGCACAGCAGCAGCCGUUCCAUCCACACCUACUGCCCAACAGAGCACUGGUGUAUCACCAUCACCCAGUGCAGCCAGUACAUCUGUGUUGCAAGCAGACACCAGCAGUAGUAUGGUUGCUACAUCAACUACACUGGUGGACUUGACAAGCCCGAGCCUUCCAACGAGUAGCGUGUCAUCGUCAGUUCAGUCAAGUACACCACUGCUGGCAAGCUCUAUUGUAUACACACUGCUUCCAACAAGCUCCACGCCCGGUGUGGACGGUCCAGGCUCUAGCUCAGGAUCCAGUACGAUAGAAGAUGUCACGAGCUUAGUGACUAGCAUAGACAUAACGCCAUCAGCAAUGCUCACAUCAAUACUGAGCACAGCCGCAGGAACACCGGUGCCAACGUCAAGUACAGCCGUGCUGUCAGCACCGAUAGCUAGCACUGAACGUGUGUCGUCAGUUCUGAUAGCGACAACACCGACAGCACUGUUAGUGCAGCCCAGCAGCAUGGCACCAUCCUCUGUGUUUACAACCGUUCUCAUCGAGUCUAGCGCGACAGGCCCCUCAUCUACAAUGUCGAUCACCUCUACGUCCAUUGCAAGCACGAGCACACUUCCACAAACCAGUCCAAGCCCUACACCAGUCGUUACCACCACAUCGCCAUCUGACAGCCAGGGCCCUAUUCCCAACGACAAUCUUCCCGUGUCCUUGUUUGUACUGAUGGUUGGUCAGUAUCUGGAGUAUGAGCUCAGUCCCACGCACUUUCUUGACGCGCAAACGGAGAACGACUCCUGCCCGACAUGCACGCUGGAUGUAAGACUACUGACAUUCGACUUGACCGAAGUUCCCAGCAAUCAGGGACCUGUACGUCUUACAACAAUAACACACUCCGAUGGAAGUCAACGAAGAUUGCUCCAAAUGUACGCAUUGCCAAGCCACCUGUCAUUGACUGGAGACUCUUUCUCAUUCUUCCUUGAAGCAACUGAUAGCGCUGGAAAUAGCCAGCAGGAAUUCUUCGAGGUGCUGGUGGUGGCAAAUGACUCGCCUUUCUUGCAGAACACAAUAGAUGUGGUCAUCCAGGAAAAUUUUGCGGCAUUCAACAGCUCGUGGAGCAGGCAAAUACAGUUCAUGCAGAGUUUGUAUCAGCCUCUGCAAAUCGCAACCGCACGGCUUGCGAUGACGUUUCCCAUUCGGCCGGGCAGUGUUGUAGCGCGUGUGACUGACCUGGAACCGUACAGUUGCAGCAAUGUGGAGCAGCGACGGGCAGUGUACAACAGCCGUACUGUGCUGCACGCCAUUGGGAUCAACGCCACUGUCAACGUCAACUGUCAGGAGGACGAAGUUGACACCGGCGUGUCUGUCAACGUGGAGGAGGUCAAGACACAGACCAACAAGACGAACAGUCUGAACAUCAUCGUGCCAAUCAGCGCCGUUCUCGGUGUGUUGCUUGCCGCCAGUUUGGUUGCCGUCGUUUACUAUCGACACAAGAGACCCGAACGAAAGCACCUCGUCGGCAGGCGGCAUAGGAGAACGUUUGCUCGGCGCAAUCCCAUUCUUCUGACGGACGAGAGAGACACGCUGGCGAAGCGUGGACGGCGGCCGACAGUACUGCAACGGGAAAGCCAGGCGCCCAUUGGUCAGCGCACAACGAGCAUACGACUAGCAGAAGCAAUGCUGGAAGCUGGCGAAAUGAGAACUCUGAUGGAUGACAUGAGCAGAGAAGCGGGCGAAUGUCCGGACUACAAUCCACCGCCGGCCUUCCACCUUGUGCAGCAGCAGAAAUACAAGAGACAGCCACCACCAGCAUACCAAAUGCCACCGGUGUAUUCAAUCACUUGAUUUGUUUUGACCUUGCUCGCAGUAGAAUAUCGAUAGAUGCUGAACAAUAGUACCGUUGUCAUUAGGGCGUGCACACCAGCGGUCUGGUCACAUUCCUAGUACAGUGUACACACAAUAAUCAGGAUAAUUGUACUGAUGAUGACUUGAGACUAUUUCCCUUCACUUUCAUCAAACAAACCUCAUCCGAACUAUCUCCAAACCAUCCUUGUUUUAAUGCUAGCCAGCACAUUUGGCGGCUAGCAUUCUCCCUACGCAUUCAACUUGAGCAGCAUUCGGAAUUGAAUUAUUUUUCUUUCCUACUGAUCAAACCCUAUUGAGCAAGUUACUCUAUUCCUAAUUACAUUUUCUGUCUGAAAGCUAAUUGUGACAAUUACCGUGA